AUUAUUAUUAUUAUAUAUAUAAUUAAUUGACUUCGUCAAUCAUAAUGAAUAAUACGAAGACAGGAAAAGAAAAGAAAGAAACUAUAUUUUAUUCUCAACUUCAACCAUGGAGCACGGUGGGAGUACUUCCUUGUAUGGAACAAAUUGCUGGACCGCCAGUUCCAGUCAGAGUUGGAGAAUUUUAUAAAACACCCCGUCCACAUCCUUGGCGACCAACAUUGGGUUAUGAAAUUAUAGAAGCAUCACCCUUACCUGAGCAACCUAUAACAAAUCAACUUGUGGAUCCAUGUUAUAUGCCAGGUGGUAUGGCAACAGAAGCCAUGAAAUUUCCAAAUCUAGUAACUGGCUUUGAUAGAAAUCCUUCUCAUGCAGCACGCACUGCAUUAUAUACAAGAUAUACUCCAUAUGAUUGGGUACAAAAUCAAACCAGACUUUAUAAUGAAGCAAAUGCUAAUAGAAAUUAUUCGGAGAACUUACGAAAGGAUACUGCACGACUCAUGCGAGAAGCAGAUGAAAGGGUACAAGAAGGACAAAUGGAUACAGGACGUAAAUUAGGUGAAAGAAUUACGGAUACUUCAUUUUGGCGAAAUGAAGUAAAUUCAGAAUUGCAAAGAUUAAUAAUUGAAAAUGGAAAAAUGCAAGAUUGUCGUCGGAAUUUACAACAAACUAUUCAAAAUCUUGAAGGACAAUUACACAUAGCUCAAGAGUGUCUCUAUUAUCGCGAAUCUCGAACAGGUAAUGAUUUAGUACACGAUCAGGCUGAAAAUGCGCUUCUUAAAGAAGUUGAAACUGUAAGAAAUUGUCAGAAAAAUUUAGAACAAUUUACAGAAAAAUGUAUAAACCAACUUUCUGACGGUAGAGCAGUACAAAAUCAAUUAGAAAUUGAUAUAAGAAAUAAAGAAGUUGCGCUUGGCAUUGAUACUAUGUGUCAUCAGUUAAACAAUUUUAGUCGUGGCUUACAAUAUUAUGGUGGAAUUGAAAAAUAUGAUUCUAGUGUUACAGAAGCCGAGUCAUGGGCAGAAGCAUCAAAUAAUACAGUCAAAAAAUCCCAAUCUGAGAGAUUAAAAUCUAAUCAACUUCGAAAUGACAUUGAAAUUGCUAUAAAUGGAGUUGGACUGGAUAUGUGGGAAGCCUGGGGUGAGACUAAUAAUGCAUUAGGCAGAAGAGCAGCAGAGAUGCUAGAAGCAAAGGGGAAAGUGCAAUCACAUUUAUACAAAAUUCAAGAAGAGCUUUUCUAUAUUGAAAAAAAUCUACAAUUGAUGCAGAAAGCAAUUACAGAUAAAAGUAAUGCUUUAAAAGUUGCACAUACACGUCUUGAAGCCAGAUCACACAGACCUGAAGCUGAAUCAUGUAAAGACUAUGCUCAAUUAAGAAUGAUCAAAGAAGUAGAAACAAUAAAUGUAAUGAUACACGAUAUGAAUUUAAAAUUACAAACUUUUGAAGCUCAACAUCAGCAAUUAUUGUCUACGAGAGCAAAUUUAGAAAUAGAUUUAAAAUCUAAAAUAGAUGCGUUGUUCAUAGAUAGAGAAAAGUGUCUGGGUUUAAGACGAAGUUAUCCAAUGGCAUCAGCUAUCAAAUUUUAAUAUUUUUAUUAGAACUAAUUUUUCUUUAUUUUCAUUAUUUAUAUUUUAAUUUUAUUCGUCUUUUUUGAUUUAUUUUGUUUGUUAUUUUAUUCAUAAAAAAUAAAUCUGAAUGAGGUUUAAACAAAAUAAAAUAAUAGUAUUUUUAUCAAUGGAGUAAUUAUAAAUUGAUAUUCAGUAAAACAUAUUGUAAUAUUAUAUUAUGAGUUUGACACGCAUUUGCUAUGAUACAGUUGAAAGCUCAUGUAUAUGUGUGUGCGUGCGAGCAUGUAUAUAUAUAUAUAUAUAUAUAUAUAUAUAUAUAUAUAUAUGUAUAUGUAUAUACACAUAAUAUAUCAUAUAAGCUUCACACAGUAAACCUUGUAAACUGUACAAACAUAUUUCAAUAAGAAAGUACGAACUAUCAACUUUAUAUAUAUAUCGUCAUGGAGGAUUUUUGACAUCUUUUUUAUAAAUUUACAGAAUAUCAUUUAAAAAGUCUUACAAAAUAUACUUCACACCUUAGAAAAACUAUAUACAAUAUUUUAUAUAAUUUUAUCUUGGUAAUAUGAAAAGAAAUCAUCAUUCUGUACUUCUGGUCCACUUAAAUGCUGCUAUAUCUUGAUAAAAGUUUUCUAUAGCUACAUCUGUAUCAUAGUCUACUUUUAAAUAAAAUAUUUUAACAUUUCCUUGAGGAACACAUUCUAAGAUAUUCAACUUUUCAAAAAGUUUAAAAGAAUUCUUAAUAGGAUCAACACAUAAACUUUCACCUGAAAUAAUAACAUAAGUUUUUUUAAUAAAUAAAAAUUUUCUUAUUUAACAAACAGAUUUUUAUUAAAUAUUAUUUACCGUAAUUAAUGAUGCCAUUAUCCAAAUUCGUUUUUAUUUCAUUUAAAACUUCAUGAAGCAAAACCUUUUCAGAUAAAGAUCUUCUCACUAAUUUUCUCAAAGUAUACGCACUCAAUGUAUAUGUAUCAAUUAAUGGACGUAACAUUGUAUGUAAAAAUUCCAUUAUAUUAAUGCUAGUCGGAUUUAUUUUAAGCUGAAAAAUAAAAUCAAUUAUAAAAAAAAUUGAUGAUCAAUAGAUUAAUAAUUUUAUGUUAAAACGAAAAAAAAAUGUCUUCACUGUGUAUGUAUAUCUUCCUGAAUAACCAUCAUUUGAAAAUAAAUGAGUAUGUCUUAUAAAAUUUCUGGUCCAUAAUUGUUCCGACGUACGAACUUCCUGCGAUAUAAUUUUCAUUAUAAUAAAAUAAUAUCUCAAAUUUUAUAUAAACUUACCUCUGAAACAAAUAUCGAUGAAAGAUGUCGUAUAGUAUUUGUAGCGACGUUAUCAAGUGUGUCACAAGGUUUGCAAAAAAUAAAUUCAUAUCUUAAUAUAUCACAAAGUUUAAGUAUUUUUUUAAUAAAAGCAUCUUCGGAAAUACUAAUUAUAUCCUCUUUAGAAAGUGUCAUUGGAUCUUUUUUUACAGACUUUAAUCCAGCAUACAAAGCUGUUACUAAAAAUAUAAAAUACAUGAGAAAAUAAUAUGAACUUGGGAUGAAAUAUGUUCUUACCUGCAACACUAUCCAUAAUGUAAUAAGAUAUCAUAGAAUUGCUGUAAUAUGAUAAUUCAAUUAAAUUUGGUAAUAUCGAUACGGGACGAAUUACAAUGACAUUUGAUUUGAUAAGCUGUCCCUCCACAGUUUCUGUUAUUUCUUCUUGUUGUUGCUUAACUAAUUCUGGGCCCAAGAUAUCCAACUGAAAAUGAGAAAUUUACGUAUUUCUCUAUUCUCAUUAACUUAUAAUUUUCAAA